UACAUUCACUAUUCUGCUGCUGCAACCUACUAUGCUCCAAGCGAUCCAUCUGGCAUUGGAGGAAUGCAUCGUGAACACAUUCGUGUGACCCCACGGUGGCAAGGUUCCACUGGUCGCUUUGACUGCGUACUGGUAAAGCACGACCCCACGGACAUCACGGGCAUGCUCUUGAAGUUUCGCAUUGCCCGCGUCUUAAUCUUUAUAUCCUUUAAGACAGGUGGAACUAAGUAUUCAUGUGCACUAGUCAGAUGGUACAAACAAUGCGGAGACUCCGCUGAUGCUAAUACUGGCAUGUGA